AUGGCAGAAGCUUCAUCAGUUCAGGAUUCACUCAUCUGUCCUGUCUGUUUGGAUUUAUUUAAGGAUCCAGUGACUAUUCCCUGUGGACACAGUUACUGUAUGAGCUGUAUUAAGGACUACUGGGAUCAGGAUGAUCAGAGAAGAGUCUACAGCUGCCCCCAGUGUAGGCAGAUCUUCACCCCAAGACCUGUUCUUAAAAAAAGUACCACAUUGGCUGAACUGGCUGAGAAACUGAGGAAGACAAGACUCCAGGCUGCUCCUCCUGCUGUCUGUUAUGCUGGACCUGGAGAUGUGGAGUGUGACAUGUGCACUGGGAGAAAACUCAAAGCUGUCAAAUCCUGUCUGGUGUGUCUGGUGUCAUUCUGUGAAACUCACCUUCAGCCUCACCAUGAAUCUCCUGCCUACAAAAAACACAAGCUGAUCAAAGCCUCCACACAACUACAGGACAGGAUCUGCUCUCAACAUGACAAAGUAGUGGAGAUUUACUGUCGCACUGACCAAAAAAUGAUCUGCUAUUUGUGUACAAUGGAUGAACACAAAGGCCAUGAUACAGUCUCAGCAGCAGCUGAAAGGUCUGAGAAACAGCGUAGACUCGAGGAAAAAUAUCCAGAAAACUCAGGAAAGUGUUUCCAGUCUCUCUCUGGUCAUUCUGGACUUAAAGAAUCACCCAACAUGGCUGUCAAUCCAGUCUUCUCUUUUGAGCAUGUGAGGAAAUCUGUCUCUGAAAUGAAGAAGAGCCUAGAAAAAAUCCUCAGUAAAGAGACAGUCAAUAUAUCGAAGAAAGCUACUAAAGACCAGCUACUUGCUGAGCCCAAGACCAGAGCAGAAUACUUACAAUAUUCCUGUCAGCUCACACUGGAUCGCAACACAGCAAAUGUACACCUCUGUCUGUCUGAGGGGAACAGAGAGGUGACAGGGACCAGAAGCGCUCAGCCAUAUCCUGAUCAUCCAGAGAGAUUUGAUUGGUGGAUGCAGGUUCUAUGUAGAGAGGGCUUGUCUGGACGCUGUUACUGGGAGGUUGAGUGGAGUGGUCGGGUUUUUAUAGGAGUCUCAUAUAGAGGCAUCAGCAGGAAAGGGGAAGGCAAUGAGUGUGGGUUUGGGUACAAUAAUCAGUCCUGGAGUUUGGAUUGUUCUUACUUGAGUUACACUUUCAUACACAAUGAUAUUAAGACCAUAAUCCCAAACGUUUCCAGCUGUUCCAGAAUUGGAGUGUAUCUGGAUCACAGGGCAGGAACUCUGUCCUUCUACAGCGUCUCUGACACAAUGACCCUCCUCCACAGAGUCCAGACCACAUUCACUCAGCCCCUCUAUGCUGGAUUUUGGCUUAAUAUGUUGGCAACUGUUCAAAUCUGCAAUUAA